AUGGUUCUCGGGCACGCAAGAAACGCCCUUUCUCACUCUUCCACCCGCUCUUCUGUCGACGAACAACGCCCCGACGAUGGCGACGAUGAGACAGUCGUGUCAAGCGAGCAAGGCAACGUCCUCACCCACAUCAUCUCACAACUACGACCAGGCGCCGACCUCAGCCGCGUCACACUCCCCACUUUCAUCCUCGAACCGCGCUCUAUGCUGGAGCGAAUCACCAAUUUCAUGGCACAUCCCGAAACUCUCCUACACAUGCCCACCAUUGAAGACCCAGUCGCAAGAUUCGUGGCAGUCACCAAAUUCUACCUCUCCGGAUGGCACAUCAAGCCUCCAGGCGUGAAGAAACCUCUCAACCCCGUGCUCGGCGAGACAUUCACUGGCUACUGGGACUACCCUGAUGGCACAAAAGGCUACUACAUCUCGGAGCAGACCUCACACCACCCACCAAAGUCCUCCUACUUCUUCAUGGCACCCGAACACCGCAUUCGAAUUGAUGGAACCCUCAAACCUCGCAGCAAGUUCUUGGGGAACAGCGUUGGUUCUUUUAUGGAGGGAAUUGCAGUCAUGAGAUUCUUGGACCGCGGCGAGAGAUACUUCAUCACGCAACCCAACAUGUACGCACGCGGCAUCCUCUUUGGCAAGAUGAAAUACGAAUUGGGCGACCACGCAGUCGUUCGCUGUCCUGAGUCGGGGUUGGAGGCAGACAUUGAGUUCAAAGUCAAGGGUUGGGUUGGAGGAUCAUACAAUGCCAUUGCUGGCUUCAUCAAGGAGACCAAGUCUGGAAAGAAUCUGUACGAAAUAAGCGGUUUCUGGAACGGUCAGAUGCACAUCAAGGACCUCGCAACAGGCAAGAAGGAAAUGAUUUUCGAUGCCUCAAAGGCCAAACCGAGCAUUCCGAAAAGCAGGCCUCUCGAAGAGCAAGGACCGAGAGAAAGCCAGAAGCUGUGGCAUACCACUACGGACGCUAUCAAGAGGGCGGAUCAGAAGGUUGCUACGGACGAGAAAUCACGAAUCGAAGAUGCACAGCGAAAGGAGGCUGCAGAGCGUACAUCAGAAUGGAAACCAAAGCUGUUCACGGCAACACCAACUGGCGAUGAGGAGAACCUGGAUUACAUCAUACCAUUCGACGCAGUAGACACGAAUGCGCCUGUGGAGAAGCAAAUUGAGCAAAUUUUGGCGAUUGCGCCCAUUCUUCCAGGACAGCAAUCGGUAUCGUCUCCGCAACAAAGCAGCGCAUCAGCACCUCAACCACCUGCCGAUCUGAUCGAUUUUGGUCAAAACGACGGAGCGUCUGCGCAAACUCCAGCUCCAGUCGCCGCCGCAUUACAACAACCUCUCCAACCAAGCACCUCCCAGGCAGACAGUUCCCUUCCGCGUGGUGCUGUCAAACGGAUGGACACUGAUGGAGAUGAAGACGUCUUCGUGGAUGCAGAAUCAUGA